UAGUGAGAGCUUUCAGUUGUAUUUGUGUGCCUCCGCUUUGUUGUGCGGCAGUUUUUUUUUAUUGACGUGCAUUGUGGUUUGGAGCUCGCAGCUAGUGCGUCAACUACAACUACCCCAUUGUUAAUAUUAAGAUUGCAUUGACCGCCCUAUAAAGAGCAACGUCCGCUGCUGCUUCUGACUGACUGACUGGCUACAACAAAGGCAGGCACUUUAGUCGUUUACUGACUUUCGCCUGAGACGUUCGUUGAACGCCUCGCAGGAGUCGCGCAAAAACAAAGCUUCACUCCAAACUUUAAACAAAGCAAUGCAGAGUGUCAGACAAUAAAGAAGUCGUUUCAACGCUGGAGCUGGGCAGUGAAACUUUUGAGCAUUUAACAUUAAAUACGUAGGCCCGUACCUUACGUAGUGGACUUUGUAGACUGAGCAAGCCGCCCAACAUGACGGAGAACGUGGAACUGAUGAAUAAGUAUGGUGAGCCAUUGCGCUACGACAGAAACUUUCAGGGACCAAGAGAACGUGAUCGCAGUUGCACGGAUGUGCCAUGUCUGCUGCUGUUUGUACUAUUCCUGGGCUGUUGGGGCUAUAUAGCACACUAUGCUGUAAGCCAUGGCGAUCUCAACAAGUUGAUGGUGCCCACGGAUAUGUAUAAUCGUAAAUGCGGCAUAGAUUCCAAUGUGCUAAACAAGCCGUAUUUGUUCUUUUUUAAUCUGGAUCAAUGCAUUGAUCCGCUGGUGCCCAUAACUGGCUGCAAUACACCUCAGGUAUGCAUAGAACGCUGUCCCAGCGAAACAUUCGUCUACGACACCAUGAAGAAUCAGCCCUUUGCGGAGCUAAAGAAUCGACUCAUCUGCAUAACAGAUGCGGACAAGGCAGCCAUUAGCUCCAAGUCGGACAUCGAACGCGCUAUAAAUGAACAUCGCUGCGCGCGUUAUUAUAUUAGAAGUCAACAGUUUCUGAAUCGCUGCAUGUUUGAGUUUUCGGAUCAGCUCUGUGAAUUGCUGCCCAGCGUGCUGUUUCGCAAUAGACGCAAUGCAGACUUGAGGCUACCAGGCAAUGCCAGCUAUGCAGAGCGUGAGCUGGAGCUGCAGGCAAUGGCUUUAAGUUUGCAAAGCGAGCCACAGGCACGACUGUCGGCGCCGCCGUCUGUGGCUAGACAAGUGCCAGUGGAGGAGAAGGUGGGCCAGUGCAGGCGACAGCAGCUCAAUGGCGCUGUUAUAAAGGAGAAAAUGAUGCAAACAGAUACGCGUCUAGCCAAGCUGGUGGGCAAUCUGGUAGCGCACUUCAAUAACGGCACACACGAUGCGCAGCGCUUGGGCGAGGAAAUUGUGGAGGAUGUAGUCAACUCUUGGAAAAUAGUGCUAAUGGCUUUGUUCUGCACGCUCAUCGCUUCGCUGCUGUUUAUCUCGCUGAUGCGUUGGCUAGCGGCGCCAAUACUUUGGUUCUCCAUAUUCGGCGUGCUGCUGGGACUGCUCGCCGCGCUCUACUAUAGCAUUAAGCAGUAUAUAUUUUGGCGUGAUACGGCUACAGUGCCGUUGCAUGAUCUCAACUUGCAACGUCGCUGGCAAAAUUUGCUGCAAGAGUCUAGCACUUGGUUAUACCUAAGCAUAUUUCUAUGUUUUUGCUUUGUCGUCAUACUGCUGUUGGUCAUUGUGCUGCGCAAGCGCAUACGCAUUGCCAUUGCCCUGACCAAGGAAGGCAGCAAAGCGGUGAGCACAGUCAUCAGCACAGUAUUCUUUCCCAUAUUCUCUUGGGUGCUGUAUAUAGCUGCCAUAGCGUUUGCUAUUGGCGUGGGCCUGUACUUGGGUUCCAUUGGCAAAUACUCUUUUCGCAUGGUGCGUCGUCUAACUGCAGCUGGCGAGUUGACUAACGAGCCUUGCAUUUGCUCCGGACCUGCUAUUAACUAUACCAUUGGCACUGCCUGUGAACCGCAAUUAUUUCAACAAUAUUGUUCGGUUCAGCAACGUGGCUUUGCCUGCGUUGAUACCACUUGCAGCUUUGUCGAAAUCGAUAAUCCGCCGCUCAUACGCUGGAGCAUGGCCUACAAUAUCUUUGGAUUUUUGUGGCUCAGCUUUUUCAUCUCCGCCUUCAGCGACAUGGUGCUGGCGGCCACGUUUGCGCGUUGGUAUUGGACAUUCAAAAAGCGCGAUGUGCCCUACUUUACGCUUACACACGCCUUUUGCCAAACAGCCUUCUAUCAUCUGGGCACCUUGGCCUUUGGCUCACUGAUUCUCGCCAUUUGCAGAAUGAUACGCAUAAUAUUAGAAUACAUUGAUUCUAAACUCAAGAAAUACGACAAUGUUGUCACACGCGCUAUUCUCUGCUGCAUGCGCUGCUUCUUUUGGCUGCUGGAGUCUUUCUUGCGUUUCCUCAAUCGCAAUGCUUACAUAAUGUGCGCCAUACAUGGCAAAAAUUUCUGCAGCAGCGCCAAGGAUGCUUUCAAUCUGCUCAUGCGCAACUUUUUGCGUGUGGUUACCUUGGAUAAAGUCACAGACUUUUUAUUCUUCUUAUCAAAAGUUCUACUUACUGCCGGCGCUGGCGUCUCCACCUACUAUUUUCUGGUUAACAAUCCAGCCGUCAUACAAUUGAAUCACAAUGCCGUGCCCACUACAGUGGUGGUCAUUGGUGCCUUUUUGAUUACCAGCGUAUUCUUUGGCGUCUACUCCAUGGCUGUAGAUACGCUGUUCCUAUGCUUUUUGGAGGACUGUGAGCGCAAUGAUGGCACGCCCGAGAAACCCUACUUUAUGUCCAAGCAGCUAAUGAAGAUACUGGGUAAACGCAAUAAAUUGCCGCCACGUGCAAGGCGCAGCAAGUAGGCGCAAAUAGACAGACAGACCACCAAAGCAAUAUACAGCCACAAAGUUUAUAGAACUUGGUUCACAUCCAUUGUAAAUGAGAGUGCAAAUUUAUGUUAGCAAUAGAAAAAGCAAAAGAAAACAUACAUAACGUUUUUUUUUAUCAUUAUCAUUAACAUAUUCAAGAACCUCUGGUUGUAAAUUGAUUAUUGCUCACACAGUAAAAGGGCUAACUGCAAUUAUAUAUAUAUAUCUUUAAUGAAGUAUUCCCUAGAUUUGCCAAUACUAUAAUUACUGCAUAAAAUACAUACUUAAAUUAAUAUUUUGUGACUCAGCAUAGAACUCUGCAUAUAAACGGGUGCUCAAAACGUUGGAAAAUUUUGUUGUGAUAACAGCUGAGGCAUAUUAAAUAUUGAAAACGAAAGACAGACCAAAAGCAUAACAGUUAUGUUAUUCUACACAUGUAUAUAAUCUCGAAAAUGAAAAAAAAUAAAAAAUGAAGCAAUAAUUAUAAACUAACAAUUUUAACAAUUAUAUCUA